AUCCAUGGCGAUGACCCACCAGGCCACCACUACAUCUUCAUGACCCGAAUUAACUCCCCCAUACCCCCACUCGCUCUGUUUCUCCGAGUCACGACUCGCCCCACUCUUUAUCCCACACUCUAAACUGGUAAAGAAACAACGGCUGAGCUCACCGGCAGGGGAAGAGAUGCGAAAAUGGCCACGACGAGUUUCAGAAACGGCUCUGUUUCCAAAGGAGCUCCCAAGAUGGAUACCAACAGGUCAUUGUCCUUGAAUUUUGCUCCAAAGCCGUCGUCUUUCAAACCCAAGAGCUCGCCUCCUGCUCCGGGCUCAGGUCCCCGGCGCAACAGCACCGGCUCAGCUGCAACGCCCGGAAAGGACGAUGCCGGAGUUUCAGGGCGUGUUCGAGUUGCAGUGAGAUUACGGCCUCGAAAUGCAGAGGAGAUGGAGGCUGAUGCUGAUUUUGCUGAUUGUGUUGAACUGCAGCCAGAGCUCAAACGGUUGAAACUUCGGAGGAACAACUGGGAUACAGACACAUAUGAAUUCGAUGAAGUGCUUACAGAGUUUGCUUCACAAAAGCGAGUUUAUGAAGUUGUGGCUAAGCCUGUUGUUGAGAGUGUCUUGGAGGGUUAUAAUGGAACAAUCAUGGCGUAUGGGCAAACAGGGACUGGAAAAACUUACACUCUGGGGCGUCUAGGAGAAGAAAAUGCAGCUGAUCGUGGGAUCAUGGUGCGAGCAAUGGAGGAUAUUCUGGCUGAGUUAUCAUCACAGAACGAAGCUGUUUCUGUUUCUAUAUCUUACUUGCAGCUGUAUAUGGAGACCGUACAAGAUCUCCUUGAUCCAUCUAAUGACAAUAUAUCCAUAGUUGAAGAUCCUAAAACGGGAGAUGUUUCACUACCUGGGGCGACUACUAUAGAAAUCAGAGACCAAAUGAGCUUUGUGGAGCUACUUCGACUAGGUGAAGCUCAUAGAUUCGCUGCUAAUACUAAAUUGAACACAGAAUCUUCCCGCAGUCAUGCUAUACUGAUGGUAAACGUUAAAAGGCAUGUCAAGGGUAGAGGUUCGACUAUUUACAGUGAAAAUGGUACGUCUCACUUGGCUAAAACAUCAAAGGCACCCAUUGUUCGUAGAAGCAAGCUAGUUGUUGUGGAUCUUGCUGGUUCUGAGCGCAUUGACAAGUCAGGAAGUGAGGCACACACAUUAGAGGAAGCGAAGUCUAUCAAUCUAUCUUUGAGCGCAUUAGGGAAGUGCAUUAAUGCAUUGGCAGAAAACAGUGCUCAUGUUCCAGUACGUGAUUCGAAGCUCACAAGACUUCUUCGAGAUUCAUUUGGUGGCACUGCACGAACUUCGUUAGUUAUUACCAUUGGCCCUUCUCCACGUCACAGGGGAGAGACAGCAAGUACCAUAUCAUUUGGACAAAGGGCUAUGAAGGUAGAGAAUAUGUUGAAAAUCAAAGAAGAAUUUGACUACAAAGGUUUGUCCAGAAGACUUGACAUUCAAUUGGACAAACUAAUUGCCGAACAUGAAAGGCAACAGAAAUCAUUUCAAGACGAAAUAGAGAGGAUUGCUCAAGAAGCUCAGAGCCGAAUCAUUGAGGCAGAAAGAAAUUAUGCCGACUUAUUGGAGAACGAGAGAAUGGUGUACCAAAAAGAGUAUGCUGAUGCAAUAAAGAAGCUAGAAGAGCAGUGGGCCGUAAAUCAAGAAAGGCAUGGAAAGAUUGUCCAUGAUGACAGUUGCAACAAGUUUUCCAGCAGAGAGCCUACUAUUUGUUCUGCUUCUGAGGAUGCUACCGAGAUUAAAAAGUUGCUUCAACAAGAAACCCUUUUACGUAAAGCUGCAGAAGAAGAAAUUAUCGAUCUUAAAAAUCAAGUAGCACAAUGGAAAAGGUCAGAGGCAGCUGGAAAUUCUGAGAUCUUAAAGCUUCGCAAGAUGCUGGAAGAUGAGGCACAGCAAAAAGCAAGGCUCGAGGAAGAAAUAUCAAUAUUACAAAAUCGUCUAUUGCAAUUAAGUUUUGAAGCUGAUAAAACAACUAGGGACCUCGAUAGAGGGACUACGACACUGCCCAGCAGUCUAGAUUCUCCACACCGUCCAUUUAUACAUCAACAGAUGAGAGAUUCCGGAGAUGAAGAGAAGGCCUCAAUGGCAAACCUCUUUGAACAAGUGGGACUGCAGAAGAUAUUGUCGCUACUUGAAGCAGAAGACCCCGAUGUUCGUAUCCAUGCUGUAAAAGUCGUGGCAAAUCUAGCUGCAGAAGAGGCGAAUCAGGAAAAAAUCGUUAAAGCUGGUGGUCUUACGUCGUUGUUGACAAUACUUAGAAGCUCAAACGAUGAUACUAUCCUCAGGGUUGCCGCUGGUGCAAUUGCAAAUCUUGCCAUGAACGAGACCAAUCAGGAGCUUAUAAUGUCUCAGGGAGGCAUAAGCUUGUUGUCGCUGACAGCAAUGAAUGCUGAAGAUCCUCAAACUCUUCGAAUGGUUGCAGGAGCUAUUGCCAAUCUCUGUGGCAAUGAUAAGUUACAAGCAAGGCUAAGCGGUGAAGGGGGUAUCAAGGCACUGUUGGGAAUGGUGAGGUGCAGGCAUCCUGACGUUCUUGCUCAAGUUGCUCGUGGAAUUGCUAACUUUGCUAAAUGCGAAUCCCGAGCACACACUCAAGGAACAAAGAUGGGGAAGUCUCUUCUAAUUGAAAAUGGAGCAACGACAUGGAUAAUUCAGAACGCGAACAAUGAAGCAUCACCGAUUAGGCGCCAUACCGAACUAGCACUUUGCCAUUUAGCGAAACUAGAGGUGAAUGCGAAGGAUUUGAUCAAUGGGGGCGCCUUAUGGGAGCUAGUACGUAUUGCACGGGAUUGUUCACGAGAUGAUAUCAGGACUCUUGCACACCAGACAUUAACAUCAAGCCCAAGCUUCCAAGCGGAAAUGAAACGAAUGAGGAUAGAUUAUUCUUGAAUAAUGUCAAGAACCUCGACAUAGUUAGCCUGAUGAUUUUGUAGCAAGAAUUAUUGGUCAAUCAAUUUUUUUUGGGUUGAGUAGAGUGACAGUGAGACAUGAAUACCCAGCACAUUCUUGGGUUAACUAGCUUGGUAAGUUAGACCACUGUAAAUGAUUCCAAUUUGUUUGCCUAUACAUUCAUUGAUUGCAGAAAUUUCUAUGUAAAAUCCGUGGUAGCAUUUUCAAGAAUUACUUGGUUUUAUUAUUA